AGAUGUGUUCCUUACACUAGAAAUUACCCCGUCACAUGUAGUGGUGUCCCAAUUAAUGGAUUCUGACAUGGAUUAUGAAAGGCCAAACGUAGAGACCAUCAAGUGCGUUGUGGUGGGAGACAACGCGGUGGGCAAGACCAGGCUCAUCUGUGCCCGGGCCUGCAAUGCCACCCUCACCCAGUACCAGCUGCUCGCCACCCAUGUGCCCACGGUUUGGGCCAUCGACCAGUAUCGGGUGUGCCAGGAGGUGCUGGAACGCUCCAGAGAUGUGGUAGAUGAUGUCAGCGUCUCCCUCCGCCUCUGGGACACCUUUGGAGACCACCACAAAGAUCGUCGCUUUGCUUAUGGGAGAUCCGAUGUGGUGGUUCUGUGCUUCUCCAUUGCCAACCCUAAUUCCCUCCACCACGUCAAGACCAUGUGGUACCCAGAAAUCAAGCACUUCUGCCCCCGAGCACCUGUCAUCUUGGUGGGCUGCCAGCUGGACCUGCGCUAUGCUGACCUGGAGGCUGUCAAUAGGGCCAGGCGACCCUUGGCUAGGCCCAUCAAGCCCAAUGAGAUCCUUCCCCCAGAGAAGGGCCGGGAGGUGGCCAAGGAGCUGGGCAUCCCCUACUACGAGACCAGCGUGGUGGCCCAGUUUGGCAUCAAGGACGUCUUUGACAACGCCAUCCGCGCAGCGCUCAUCUCCCGCCGCCACCUGCAGUUCUGGAAAUCCCACCUCCGCAAUGUGCAGCGGCCUCUGCUGCAGGCGCCCUUCUUGCCUCCCAAGCCGCCUCCCCCCAUCAUCGUGGUGCCCGACCCCCCCUCCAGCAGCGAGGAGUGCCCCGCCCACCUCCUGGAGGACCCGCUCUGUGCGGAUGUCAUACUGGUGCUGCAGGAGCGGGUGCGCAUCUUUGCCCACAAGAUCUACCUCUCCACCUCCUCCUCCAAGUUCUACGACCUGUUCCUCAUGGACCUGAGUGAGGGGGAGCUGGGGGGCCCCCGCCCAGAGGACCACCGGGGUCACCCUGAUCACCACCACCACCAUCACCACCACCACCACCAUGGCCGGGACUUCCUGCUGCGGGCGGCCAGUUUUGAUGUGUGCGAGAGCGUGGAGGAGGGCGGGGGCUCUGGCCCUGCUGGGCUCCGUGCCUCCACCAGCGACGGGAUCUUACGGGGCAAUGGAACAGGGUAUUUGCCCGGGAGGGGUCGAGUCCUGUCUUCCUGGAGCCGAGCUUUCGUGAGCAUUCAGGAAGAAAUGGCAGAAGAUCCUCUGACGUACAAAUCCCGGCUGAUGGUGGUGGUAAAAAUGGACAACUCCAUCCAGCCAGGGCCCUUCCGGGCUGUUCUCAAGUACCUGUACACCGGGGAGCUGGACGAGAACGAGCGCGACCUCAUGCACAUCGCCCACAUUGCCGAGCUGCUUGAGGUCUUUGAUCUGCGCAUGAUGGUGGCCAACAUUCUCAACAAUGAGGCGUUCAUGAACCAAGAGAUCACUAAGGCCUUCCAUGUCCGCCGGACUAACCGGGUUAAGGAGUGCUUGGCAAAAGGCACCUUCUCAGAUGUGACCUUCAUCCUGGAUGAUGGCACCAUCAGCGCCCAUAAGCCCCUGUUGAUUUCCAGCUGUGACUGGAUGGCCGCCAUGUUUGGGGGGCCAUUUGUGGAGAGUUCCACCAGGGAGGUGGUGUUCCCCUGCACUAGCAAGAGCUGCAUGAGGGCGGUGCUGGAAUACCUCUACACGGGCAUGUUCACCUCCAGUCCCGACCUGGACGACAUGAAGCUCAUCAUCCUGGCCAACCGCCUCUGCCUGCCGCACUUGGUUGCCCUCACAGAGCGGUACACGGUGAGCGGGCUGAUGGAAGCGACUCAGAUGAUGGUGGACAUUGAUGGGGACGUCCUCGUGUUCCUAGAACUGGCUCAGUUCCACUGUGCGUACCAGUUGGCCGACUGGUGUCUUCACCACAUCUGCACCAACUACAACAACGUGUGCCGCAAGUUCCCCCGAGACAUGAAGGCCAUGUCCCCAGAAAACCAGGAGUACUUUGAGAAGCACCGGUGGCCGCCCGUCUGGUACCUGAAGGAAGAAGAUCACUACCAGCGGGCACGGAAGGAGCGCGAGAAGGAGGACUAUCUCCACCUGAAACGGCAGCCCAAGCGGCGGUGGCUGUUCUGGAACAGUCCCUCCUCACCGUCCUCUUCUGCGGCCUCCUCGUCAUCCCCAUCUUCCUCCUCGGCUGUGGUCUGAGAUGCUGCCACCCUCUUCUGACCCUGCUGCUGUUCCCCCCACUCGCCUUUGCCCCUCUGCUCUUCUGCAUCGCCCCCUCCACCUUCCAGGGACAAGGGGACCCACGUAACCAGGACCCUAAGGGCAGAGCUGUUCUCACCAGCCGACGUAGCUCAGCAAGAGAGGAGGGGGGCCUUGUGGAUCAGUGCGGGGACCCCCUGCAGGGGACCCCAGUUCCAGAGCAGGGCAGGGAGGCAGACGGCUGCUGGGAGGUGGGGAGCGGGAAGGCACUGAGAGCUUUGGCAUCUGACUCUGGGUUGGAGAACGCUGGCGUCCAUGGGAGACUCUCCCAGCCGUGAGGCUCUGUGGCUCGGUCUGUGGAGGCAGCCCCCUCCCAGGGAGUGGCUGUGCUCAGGGAGGGUCCUGUCUCUCUUGACCACGUUUUUCCAUCUAUGGACCUGCGGGUGGCAGAUGUUUUGUGGGCAAUUUCCACACAGCGCCUACUCAGCUCCUCACCGGAGAAGUCAGGGUAGAAAUGAAGCCUUCAGACCCAACUCGACGCUUCCACAUCCUGGGGUGCAGCUGCCGAGGCCAUGGGUGGGAAGGCUUGCACUCUGGCGAGCAUCCCUCCCUCCCAGGGCGGUAGGUGUCCAGGCCUGAUCAAGGAUGGCAGAGCCUGGUCAGAGCUUUAGACCUAGGAGCAGUGCCUCAUGGUGCCGUGAGAAACUUCUCCCUCCCUGUGCUUCACCACUCAGAUCCAGAGAUGGGAACCAAAGGAAACAGGUGGAACAGGGGAGAGGAGAAAGUGGGGAGGGGGGUCUGGGUGCAGCAGCCCCAUGCUCUCUGGGCUCCUCGCCCUGCCUCUGGUUAGCACGGCCUCUUAGCACGGUGGGGCAAGAUUAGCAAACAAAACAAAACAAAACAAAAACCCCCCCAAACAACAGCAAAAUCACCACCAACAAAAACAUGUUGGCCUCAAGCCCCUCAAAGAAAAGAAACAAGAACAGAAAAAGCCCCUCUGUAGCUUACAAAGCGGGGCCUCUGUGUUGACGAGACAAGAGCGUAGGCCGUGGAAGUCAUU